CGACUUUACAUCCUCUUCUGUAUAUUUUGUCAUGUAAAUUUGUGUUUGAGCGCCGUUUCUUAGCGAGAACUGUUUAGUGUCAACAAAGUAUUCUUUUUGAUCGUUUCCGAGUAGAAUCUUAACAGUCUUAACAAAUUGCAGUUUUCAAGGCUGUCUUGUUUGGUCAUUUUUUGGCGCUACACAGCCGGGGAAACUAUAAAUAAGUCUUGAAGCUGAAAUCUCGAGUGUUUAAAGUGCUGAGAUUGAACUUCACGUCAGGAAACUGCAGAAGGAGAAAAACUGCGUAAUAGAAACAAGACCAAAACAGAGCAGUAUUUCUCAACGGAUCUUUUCCUGUUGUGCCUACAGUGAAAAUGUCAACAAAAUACCCUYCUUUAGGGACCUCGAGUAUUCGUCAAGUUGUUUUAGCAAGACACGUUGCUCAAAGGUUUAAACUAAUCUCGACCAAUUUGGUAAUCCAAAGACGACGCAACGCAGACAAAGGCGAUUACCAGAUCACUCACGUCGACGAACCUGAAGUCAACGAAAGACAACCACCGAGACCCUUUUUUACAGAGACUAGCCAUUCACCAAGACGAUCGACGGUCUCUGGUCUUUCUUUCCUAAAAACMCCGCCACAAAACAGUUACAGACUUGAGCCCACGGAACGAUUCGAGACGCCAAAAGUUCAGCGGAUCAUCGCAGAAGCGCUAGAGAAYGAGCUWAAGGGAAUUAGCUACAGCCCUGAAAUCUGCUCACAAAAGACUAAACUUUUGWGUGAUGUGAUAAAAGCGAAAGUCAAGAGCUUAAAUUUCUCAAGGUAUAAAUACAUAGUGGUUGUGUUUAUCGGGCAAAAGAGUGGGCAGUGCGCACGCGUGGCUAGUCGUUGUGUCUGGGAUACUAGRUAUGAUAAYUAUGCACAGCACGUAUAUGAAGGGCCGACUGAUGUCUUUGCUAUUGGGACUGUAUAUGGAUUAUACCACGAAUAAUAAUGCAAUGGACAAAUACUAACACUAGAGUUUCUCAAUAUUUCCUAAUUUGAACCACUUGGAAUGGGGAAUAAUCACAACCAUUUCCAUGACAUUUCUAACCCUGUGCAGCGGAGGAUGUCUGUCUGUCAUACCAUUAAUCGUGAAUUGCGCAAUUAUGUGAAACUAGUUUCUAAUCUGCAGACUUCUGAACCUAGUACGUCACUACUUGAUUUGCAAUGGAUUGUGGUAUCGUUAUCGUUUAAGGAUCCGCCAUGUUUUGUCCCAAACAUAUCCUAUAAUGCAUUGCGAUGCGCUAUGUGACGUAAAAGCUUCAAAGAUCUAUUGGCUCCUKAUGAAGCGAAGUCGUUCUCGUGAUGAAGAGAAGGAGUGGUUUCUCUGAGACUUCACUCUUAUUACCUUUUUUGCUGCCAUAUUAGCACACAUCCAAUCCUAUAGAAGAGAGGAUAUAUAGAGGAUAUUACAUGGGCGCGCGGAGCCACAUAAGGAUUUUAUCUUCGAGUGUUGAAAAGAUCUCUCAUGAGUGAGCGUAGCGAUUUUCAAUACGAGAAGAUAAAAUUCGUAUUAC